AUGGUUUUACUCGAAUUAAUUUAUGCAAAAAGUAGAAGCACAAUUAGGGCGUUUGUACGUUUGACGACGACUACAUUAUCCACGAAUAAAGUUGUUGGUUUGUGGCUACUUGGUUGUACUGGAGUGGUCUAUGGUACAAUAGCUGUUGGAGGUUUAACAAGGCUUACAGAAAGCGGUCUUUCUAUGGUGAAAUGGGAUUUGAUCAAAACUAUGAAGCCACCUUUCAAUCAAAAUGAAUGGGAAAUCGAGUUUGAAAAUUAUAAAAAAUAUCCUGAAUAUAAACACAAUUUAAAUUCAUUUGGACCAUGGAAUACGUACACAGAAUGUGGGUUAGAUCUUAAUUUUUGUCUAAAUGUCGGGCAUUUUUCAUUGUAUAUAGAUAUAAAUAUUUGCAGGUGGGGAAGAGCUGUUGGUUUAAUCUUUAUUGUUCCUUGUACUUAUUUUUGGCUUCGAGGAUAUUUCUCUAAUGGAAUAAAGCGGAGAAUGUUAUUUGCCGGGUCGUUAAUUCUCGCGCAGGGCGUUAUUGGUUGGUGGAUGGUUAAAUCAGGUCUUAAGCAAACUACGGCUGUAAAAGAUGAUUCUUUUGUGCCAAGAACUUGUGGUCCACCUAGGCCUUGCUUUCAUACUUUAUGGCGUUCUUCUCUGGAAUGGUCUUUCUUGUUUAUUUUCUCCAUUCGAUGUUCCUUUUUUUAAAGAUUUGUAAUAAGUUAUUUUAGCAUUCAAAAGUAGCAUCAAUUCGUCGUUUACGUGGAAUGGUAACAUUUUUUCUAAUUAAAAAAU